GAUCUUCUUUCAUCUAAACUGACACUAAACUCUUUUUUCUUCCCUUCUCCAAUAUCCAACAUGCAAUUAGACGAUGAACGAAAUGUGAUGAAAAAUUUGAUAAAUGAGAGUUCAAAUUUUAACAAAAUUAAAUAAAAAACAUAAUCAAUUUUUUAAAUUUUAGAAAUAGAGUUAUUGUUUAAAUGAUACAUUGAAAUUGCAGUAUAUAUCUUAUGAAAUAAUGGAGAUAACUUAAAUUGACCAAACAUUAUUAUUAUUUACACAAAAGGGGGAAAUAGCAAUUUUUGGACCAAAUAUUAUACUAAGGAAUAGGAUGAAAUUAUAAAAUGAUUUGCUCGUUUUUUUU